GAGUUUCAGGUGUGACAGUUUGAAUGAGGCCAGUGUGGAAGGCUGCCGCCAUGUCUUUAAGGAAGGUUGAGUUAGAAUGUCAGUUAGAGGCAGCCAAGCUGGAUUCUGCUUCUCCUCCUUUGUGAAUGAAGCAUCCAGGGGAAGGUUGGUUGGCUGGCAGAGGGGGAGAUUAUGCACCCUCCGUCAAGCCUGAGAGAGAGGUCUUUGAGAAAGCCUGGGGAACCACGGUGCAUCAGUGCAGAGGCUGCUGAGGCUUUAGGAAAACAGUUGAAAAUAUGUGGCUAUAAGAAAAAUAAUGAAGUUACCGAUUUGUAUCUUGGUGAAAAAUUCAGAAUCUAACUAUGUUGAAGCAUAACUGCUGCUUGACAGAACUGUACCUCAACAAUAAUGAAAUCCGAGAUAUAUCAGGUGCUCUGAAACAUAUUCAUGUGUUGCGAAUCCUGAUGCUUCACAACAAUCACCUGAAAACCCUGGAGAAAACUGUGAAAGAGCUUCAAGGAAUGCAGCAUCUGCAGACCUUAAACCUGUUUAAUAACCCCAUGUCUCAUGAUCGCAGAUACCAUCUGUACGUAAUAUACCACAUUCCUUCAUUAACAUUGUUUGACAGAAAAGGUAGAAACUGUUUCUCCCCCGCUUUCUUAAUAGACAUGAAGGAAUCACUUAAUGCUUUUAUAUCUGAACAAGAAGCAAUGCAUUUGUGGCUGCCCUUACUCAGCAGCCAUCAAUUUUCUCCAGAUAAUGCCAUCUAUUCCUAUGUUACAGAAGUAACUUCAAAAGAGAGAGUAUCAGCUGUUCAUAUAUAUGACCAUGAACGGUCCCUCGUGCUUCAUUCUAUAGGAUUUGGGAAGAAAAUCGAUGAGCCGUUUUUGCCCAAGCAAUCAUUUUGCCUAACACCAACCAAAGUGAUAAGAUUGCCUCCAGGUUGCGAGUUUGGAAAUCACCUGGUUAAGAUUCCGUAUGAAAACCCAGAACAUGCUGUACUUGUGAGGGCCAUGAGGCGAUCUGUCAUGGAGUUCGCCACUGUUGACUGGGAGAAGAUGCCCACCUGCGAAGAGAAACGCCUUGGCAGCAAUCCAGAAAAAAGGCCAGAGAGACUGACAAUUAAGUUUCGAUAAAUGUGGCUUUUCUCCAACAGUUCUCUCUUAAAAAAAAAAAAAAACCAAAAACCCCACACAU